UAGUCAUGAUACCUUCCUAACACCUCCCUCUUCUAGUACAACAUCCUAAUACUUCCAACCACCCCUCGACCAUUUUACCUUACGAGCCCCGCCUUAUAUAUCAUCUGUAGCCAUGUCUAGUUUCUUCGCUCAAGUAAAAUCGGUGCUGAGCGGCGACACUUUGAUCCUCGCCAACCCCAAGAACCCAGCACUCGAGCGCCAAUUCUCUCUCGCUUAUGUCACUGCUCCCCGUCUGAGCAAAGAUGGCGACGAGCCAUACGCUUUCCAGUCCCGUGAGUUCCUCAGGGAACUGACUCUCGGCAAGCCCAUCAAGUGCACUGUACUCUACACCAUUCCCAACUCCGGUAGGGAAUAUGGCGUUGCGCAACUCCAGGAUGGAACCGAGCUCCCCGAGGCCGCCGUCAAGGCUGGCUGGCUCAAGGUCAGGGAGGAUGCUGGCAGGAAAGAUGACUCCGAGGAGACUCUCGACAAAAUCGACAAGCUUAGGGAACUCGAGACCCAGGCAAAGGACGAACAAAAGGGCCUUCACGCUGGCAAGGAUGGCUUCAUAGCGGUCCAGAACGACCUUGGUGGCCCCGACUUCCUCAACCAGUGGAAGGGCAAGACCGUGGACGCUGUCAUUGAGAAGGUCAUUAGCGGAGACCGUCUCCUUACCCGUCUUCUACUUAGCGACAAGAAGCACUACCAGGUCAUGACUCUCAUUGCCGGUAUCAGGACGCCAUCGACCGCCAGGACCAACCCCUCCACGGGCCAGACGCAGCCUGCCGAGGAAUAUGGCGAGGAGGCCAAGAGAUUUGUCGAGACCCGCCUCCUUCAGCGCAAGUUGAAGGUCAAGAUCGUCGGUGCCAGCCCUCAGGGCCAGCUCGUUGCUACCAUCCUUCACCCCAACGGCAACAUUGCCGAGUUCCUCUUGCAGGACGGCCUUGCCCGCUGCAACGACUUCCACUCUGUCUUCCUUGGACCUGAUAUGGCUGCUCUCCGCGCUGCCGAGAAGAAGGCCCAGUCCGCUCAGCUGUGCUUGCACAAGGGUCACGUUGCCAAGGCUACUGCUGGUGGUAAGGACCUCGACGUGACUGUCACCAAGAUUGUCGGUGCCGAUACCAUCCUUGUCCGGAACAAGGCCGGCGAAGAGAAGAGGCUCAGCUUGAGCAGCAUUCGCGGUCCCAGAGCUGGUGAGCCUUCCGAGGCUCCCUGGAGAGAGGAAGCCAAGGAGUUCCUGCGCAAGAAGAUCAUUGGCAAGCACGUUCGUGUCUCGAUUGACGGUUCCAAGGCUGCCACGGAUGAUUUUGAGGCCCGUGAUGUUGCCACUGUCACUCGUGACGGCAAGAACAUUGGUCUGAUGCUUGUCCAGGAGGGCUACGCUACCGUUAUCAGGCACCGCAAGGAUGACACUGAUCGCGCUUCCAACUACGACGAGCUUCUCGCUGCCCAGGAGACGGCUAAGGAAGAGAAGAAGGGUAUCUGGUCUGGCAAAAGCCCCAAGAUCAAGCAGUACACUGACAUGUCGGAGAGCGCACAAAAAGCCAAGCUUCAGCUUUCUACCCUCUCGAGGCAAAAGAAGGUUCCCGGUAUUGUGGACUACUGCAAGUCCGGUUCUCGCUUCACUGUCUUGAUCCCUCGCGAGGGUGUCAAGAUUACCCUGGUUCUCGCCGGUAUCCGUGCUCCCCGUGCUGGCCGCACCCCCAAGGAGGAGGGUGAGCCCUUUGGAAACGAGGCUCUUGAGUUGGCCAACCGACGCUGCAACCAGAGAGAUUGCGAGAUUGAUGUUCACGACAUUGACAAGGUUGGCGGCUUCAUUGGUGACCUUUACAUCGGUCGCGAGAGCUUUGCCAAGCUCCUUGUUGAGGAGGGCCUUGCUUCCGUUCAUCAAUACUCUGCCGAGAAGUCCGGUAAUGCUGCCGAGCUCAACGCCGCUGAGAAGCGUGCCAAAGAGGCUCGUAAGGGUCUGUGGAAGGACUGGGAUCCUUCUCAGGACGCUGCUGAGGAGGAAGAGGCUGCUCAGGCUGCCCCCGAGGUUGAGCUCACCAUCCGGGAGAAGCGCAACGACUACCGUGACAUCGUCAUCACCAACGUCGAUGCCAAUGGCAAGCUUAAGAUCCAGGAGGUCGGCCAGGGCACUGCUGCCUUGACCACCCUCAUGAACGAGUUCAAGAAGUACCACAGCAACCCUGCCAACAAGAAGUCCCUCCCUGACGCGCCCAAGACCGGUGAGCUUGUCGCUGCUCAGUUCAGCGCCGAUGGCGAGUGGUACAGAGCCCGCGUCAGGUCGAACGACCGCUCCGCCAAGGUUGCCGAGGUUGUCUACAUCGAUUACGGCAACUCCGAGAAGCAGCCCUGGUCGAAGCUCCGUCCUCUUGACGCGCAGUUUGGCGUUCAGAAGCUCAAGGCCCAGGCCAUUGAUGCUUCCCUGUCCUUCGUCCAGCUUCCCUCCGCCACUCACUAUCUUGAUGAGGCCAUCAACAUUAUCUACGAGCUGACUGAAGGCAGACAGCUCGUCGGCAGCUUUGACUACAUUGACAACAAGGAGGGUCUCAGCUACAUUACCAUCUAUGACCCCAAGGAUGCCAAGGAUCCUGAUUCAUCUCUCAACCGUGAGAUCCUUUCGACCGGAUACGCCAUGGUUCCCAUGAAGCUCAAGGCGUGGGAAAGGAGCCCCGUAUUCGAGAAGACAUUGAAGUCGUACAGGAAGGCUCAAGAACAAGCCAAGGAUACGCGUCUUGGUAUGUGGGAGUAUGGCGAUAUCACUGAGGACUAGGGUCUGUCGGUGCUUAUGUCGGAGAGGUGUGCUAUGCCGGAGAGAUUUGUUGCUUUUCUCAAGCUAUAAGGAGCAGGGCAAGGCGGGGGCGUGAGAGGCG